AUGCGCUUCUCAUUCGUUCUCCUGCUCGCGGUCCUCGGCUGCUUCCUGCUGGCCCGGGAGGGCGGUGCCACAGGCACCACCACCACCGUGGCCUCCACCAGCAGCACCACCACCACCUCCUCCUCGGCAACCACCACCACCUCCUCCUCGGCCACCACCGCCGCGACGUCCACUGCCACCACAACAGUCGCUCCCUCCACCGCCACCACCACCACCGUGGCCUCCUCGACCUCGGACACGACGACAGCCUCCUCCACCUCGGGAUCGUCGGGCUCGGCAGCGGCCAGGCGCCGCAGACGUCGUCGUCUGGCCCGUCAGCGCCAGCGCCGCGAGCGCCAGAGGCAGCGCCGGACCCAGAGGCUCCGCAACCGCAUCCAGAGCCAGCGCCGCGUGAUCAACCAGCUCCAAGGAUAAGCGGCAGCUCGGAGACGCAUCCGAGAGAUCGCCCACUCUUGAAACACUUACCUUUAAG